AUGCGUGUUACGCACGCGUCAUCUCUCGCCCUGACAUGGGCAGCACUGGCAAGUGCUUUGCCCUCGGGCCAAGCCAAAGCGCCAUCAUGCCGCUUCGCUUCUCAAUAUACCCAACAGCAGGUCCUUCAAGACCCGAGCAAGUUCAUCAAUGACAUGCUAUACUGGGAAGGACAGUUCCACCAGAACAACGUUUCCUACAACACAGCGAAUGGCAUGUCUUACGAUGGCACCAAUAUUGAUUGGGUGACUGGAGAGAGAACCGUGAAGCACCCUUUCAGUGCAGCCAGCAAGGAGUCACUUCAAGUCAUGCUCUAUACUCAUGCGAUUGCGGGCUCAGCAGAGGCUGCCCGUUUCCUGUCUCCUAAUAACCCAGCUGCAGCCCCUGGGAUGGUGGUUUCAAUCAUGGAGACCAAGCUGCAGACUUAUCUGAGAUUCAACGAGACGUACCCUGGUUUCGGUGGAUUUCUGCCUUGGUUUACAUCUAGCACCCAAGAUCUCACUCCUACUUGGGACUGGGUUAACCGCGUGCCUGGGCUUGACAACGGAGAGCUUCUGUGGGCCGUCUACGGCUUUAUCCAGGCUCUGGAAAACACUAACAAUGCCUCCUACAAGGAGCUUGCUAGCAAAUGGCAGACCUGGAUGGAUUAUACCAAGACUACUGCAGCGCAGAUCUUUUACAAAGGAAAUGGUCGAGUCUGCUCCGUUAUCGACAUAAAGAACCAAUCUCUUCCCGUCAAUGACCCUAACCAGUCAUAUGACUGUGAAGGAACUGGUCUACUCAAUGAUCCCUAUGAAGGAGAGCUGUUCACUUUCUGGCUCAAUUUCUUUGGUGGUUUGUCAGACGUGGAUAAGCAGGCAUUGUGGGCGAUCAAGCGGCCUCAGUUGGUGAGCGUGGACUACGACAUGGGCCAUGUUGGUCCUGUCACUGUCCAGAAAGAAGGAUACUGGUUCUCUAGCCACGAAACCUGGAAGGUCAUGGAGAUGCCCUACUACGACGUUGAUAUCAUUCGGCGUGUCUACGAAAACGCCGAACGUGUGCGUACCUGCAACUCUGUGGUCACCAAAGUCCCCGGCAUGUUUGCCUCAGUGAACAACUCUACCGACCCCUCGAAUGGCCAGGUAAUCGGGUACAUCUCGAACGCUGGCAUUCCAUCCAUCUCGAACCAGACAGUCCAGGAACUGGACGUUAUCACCCCAUACAGCGUGUUCCCUACUAUCCUGUUCAACAAGGCUGUCGGCUUGGCUUGGUGGAGAAAUAUGGCCAUUGCCAAAAAGGGACAGAACCCCUACGGAAGCACCGAGUCCACUCGUGUGGAUGGAACAGGGGUUUCUGCUCUUGUCACCUGGGAUAGCAAGAUUACGACCGUGAAUGCUAUCCUCGGAGGCGUGACUGAAUGGACUCGUCAGAAGAUGAAGAGUGAUGGUCUUUAUGAGGAGUUCAUCAGCAUUGCAACGAACGAAUACUCGAGCGUGUUCAAAGAUAUCAAAGGAGAGAAUGUCAAAUUCUGCCUCCCCGAAGAGACUGUCCCUGAUGCGGGCUUGGAGGAUUUCACUCUUUGCACUUAG